CUCUAGAAUGGCAACCAAUAGUUGCGUGCCAUUUAGUUCCGUGUUCAGUUACAAUAUUGUGAAGAAGAUUACAUGUUACAUCUAAAUCAUCUAAAAGAAAAUAAAGAAACAUGGCAUGCCGCUGUUAUAUUUUGAAUAACUCCGCUCCCACUAUGGCAUAGGUAAAAGAUUUAAUUUUUUUAUUACUUCGAUGAUUAUAAUAUUAUAUAGUUGGAAUUAAAAUAUCGGCCACGCUGCCUAUAUUCAAUACAUUGCCAACGUGGUAACAAACUAUCAGAUUAAUUAGCUAAUAAUGGAAUAGUUUGCCUCUAUAAAACCACCAAUACGUUGAGGUUUCAUCAUCUUAAAGUCUCCUCCAUAGCACAAACCAACACAGAAUAAGCAAAUAUGAGAUCCAUCUACCUUAUCUUGGUUAAUCUCGUUAUUUUCCAAUGUAUUACGUUAUUACAUGCUCAGGAUUUUGAUUUCUUCUACUUCGCUCAACAGUGGAAUCCAGCAUCGUGUGACAGCAAGAUAAAAUGCUGCUACCCAACAAAUGGGAAACCAGCAGAAGAUUUUGGCAUUCACGGACUCUGGCCAAAUUACAACAAUGGAUCUCUCCCAAAAAGCUGUAACAAGAAUGUCCGUUAUGAUGAAACAAAAGAAUCAAACCAGAUGUAGGAUCUUACAAGUUGGAAGCAAUCAAGGAAGCAAUAAAAAAAGGCAUUGGACAUGUUGCUGGUGUAGAAUGCAAUAUUGAUUUAUCUGGAAAUAGCCAACUUUUUGAGAU